AAACUCAUAGUGCUGAGACACUCUGAAAGAGGAAAGAGACAGAAAAAGAGCAGAGAGAGACAGAGAGAUACACAGAGACAGAGCAGAGAGAGAGAGAGAGGAUCAUGGCUGACAUCCCUCAAUCAUUUUUGGGAUUGCUUGUGACCGUUUUGUACCUGCUAACAGGUGUCUGUGGAGAAACUCUCUCUAUGUUCUCCAGAGUGGGAGAUAAUGUCAGUCUGCCGUGUAACAAUGUGGUUUAUCCAAACUGCUCCUCUACUACAUGGAUCUAUACCGUGAAUAGAACUGCCAUUGAACUAGUCGGUCUAGGGAAGGUGAAAAAACAACAACAACUAAACAACAUAGCUGACAGACUGAGUGUGGCGUCUAACUGUUCUCUACAUGUUAGUGAUGUCAGAGCUGAGGAUGUUGGACUCUACACCUGUCAACAGUUCCUUGCAAAGACUGGACCAAAACAUGGAGGUGAUGCUCCUGUUCAUCUGUUUGUUCUAACUCUCUUCUCUACCACACCAGUGACAGAUCUGAAGCCUAAUGUAAAUAUGACAUUACGGUGUUCUCUGCUCACCUGUAAGCAACAUGGAACGUGCCGGUCAAGAUUUAGUCUCAGCUGGGACCCUAAAACAGGUACUAAUGCCCAGGACACACAGGAUUCUUCCCGUGACAUCACUCUGACUGUGACACUCCAGAAGAAGGACAACAACAGGAAGUGGACGUGCACGCUGACUGAAGAGGGAAAUGUGAAGAUCUCCAUUGACUUCACCUCCACAUUCUCAGGCUCUCAGAACCUCUUCCUCACGGUGACUGUAGGAUUGGCUUUGGCAGCAGCGGUGUGUGUCACUGCUGUUGUCAUAGUACGCAGGAGGAGAGACAAGAAUCAAGUGCCAACUGAUAACAGCAUUGGUCUGAUGGCAGUAAACCACUCCACCCCACCAACCAAUGAGGGCAAGAGUCAACCUGCUGACAGAAUCACCUAUGCCUCCAUUGACCACUUCAAUCAAAAUCCCCCUCAUAGAGUUAACGCCAACAGUAAAGAUGCAGUGAUGUAUGCCUCAGUUAUGCCCUCUUCUGGCAGAGGGAGAGAGACAGAGAACCCUGCUGACCCCAGCUCCCUCUACUCCACUGUCAAGUAACCUCAGGGAGACAAGACAUCAAUAUAUAUAUAUAUAUAUAAAGACAUCAACAUGAAGACUACACUCUCUCAUUCACACCCUGAUUCCAGACCUGAUUUGGUUCUAGGAACAGAGAUUUUGUGCUAUUAAUUAAAAGGGACCGUCUGCACUAGUUACAUCCAUUUCUGGAUGUAUUAAUUAAUGAUAUGCACCCAUUGACUCUAGAAAAAUAAAAUGUAGAAAUGCCUCAUGAGUUUAGUUAAACUGUCAUAACCCAUCAGAACCCAAAAUAUAUGCUUGUUUUACUCCAAAACAGUGGAGGGGAGCGUGCUUUGUUACUGUUUCAACUGCUGAUUGCCGCUUUAAGAUGUGUAUAUUUUAUUGAUAUAGACCAGUGAGAUAAGAGACUGGAAAAGUGGAAGAGUUUGAGAAUCAAAAGGGCAUGAUUCAGAUUCACUCAUGCUGACUCUGGUAGCCCAGGCUGUAUUCUGGGAAGUAUUCAGACUUGUUCCUCAUUUUGAUAAGUUACAGCCUUAUUCUAAAAUGGAUUAAAUCAUUUUUUCCUCAUAAAUCUACACACAAAACCCCAUAAUGGCAAAGAAGAAACUGUUUUUUAGACAUUUUUGCAAAGUUAUAUAAACUCGGAAAUAAACGCCCUCUCACUGUCAACUGCGUUUAUUUUCAGAAAACUUAACAUGUGUAAAUAUUUGUAUGAACAUAACAAGAUUCAACAACUGAGACAAACUUGAACAAGUUCCACAGACAUGUGACCAACAAAUGGAAUCAUGUGUCCCUGAUCAAAGUGGGGGGGUCAAAAUCAAAAGUAACAGUCAGUAUCUGGUGUGGCCACCAGAUGCAUUAAGUACUGCAGCAGUGCAUCUCCUCCUCAUGGACUGCACCAGAUUUGCCAGUUAUUGCUGUGAGAUGUUACCCCAAUCUUCCUGCAAGGCACUUGCAAGUUCCUGGACAUCUCUGGGGGGAAUGGCCCUAGCCCUCAACCUCUGAUCCAACAGGUCCCAGACGUGCACAAUGGGAUUGAGAUCCGAGCUCUUCGCUGGCCAUGGCAGAUCACUGACAUUCCUGUCUUUCAGGAAAUCACACACAGAACAAGCAGUAUGGCUGGUGGCAUUGUCAUGUUGGAGGGUCAUGUUAGGAUGAGCCUGCAGGAAGGGUACCACAUGAGGGAGGAUGUCUUCCCUGCAACACACAGCGCUGAGAUUGCCUGCAAUGACAACAAGCUCAGUCCAAUGAUGCUGUGACACACCGCCCCAGACCAUGACGGACCCUCCAUCUCAAAAUCGAUCCCGCUCCAGAGUACAGGCCUCGGUGUAACGCUCAUUCCUUUGACGAUAAACACGAAUCCGACCAUCACACCUCGUGAGACAAAACAGCAACUCGUCAGAGAAGAGCACUUUUUGCCAGUCCCAGACAGCAACGGUGGGUUUGUGCCCAUAGGCGACGUUGUUGGCGGUGAUUUCUGGUGAGGACCUGCCUUACAACAGGCCUACAAGCCCUCAGUCCAGCCUCUCUCAGCCUAUUGCGGACAGUCUGAACAGUGAUGGAGGGAUUGUGCAUUCCUGGUGUAUCUCGGCAGUUGUUGUUGCCAUCCUGUACCUGUCCCGCAGUUGUGAUGUUCGGAUAUACUGAUCCUGUGCAGGUGUUGUUACACGUGGUCUGCCACUGCGAGAAGCUGUCCGUUCUGUCUCCCUGUAGCGCUGUCUUAGGCGUCUCAUAGUACGUACAUUGCAAAUUAUUGCCCUGGCCACAUCUGCAGUCAUCAUUCCUCCUUGCAGCUUGCCUAAUGCACGUUCAUGCAGAUGAGCAGGGAGCCUGGGCAUCUUUCUUUUGGGUAUUUUUCAGAGUCAGUAGAAAGUUCUCUUUAGUGUCCUAAGUUUUCAUAACUGUGACCUUAAUUGCCUACCGUCUGUAAGCUCUUAGUGUCGACCAUUCCACAGGUGCAUGUUCAUUAAUUGUUUAUGUUUCAUUGAAAAAGCAUGGGAAACAGUGUUUAAACCCUUUACAGUGAAGAUCUGUGAAGUUAUUUGGAUUUUUACAAAUUAUCUUUGAAAGACAGGUUCCUGAUAAAAGGGACGUUUAAUUUUUGUUGCUUAGUUCCUAAAAAAAAAAGUAUGGAAAUAUCACAUUUACAAAAGUAAAUUCAUAUCCUUUACUCAGUACUUUGUUGAAGCACCUUUGUCAGCAAUUACAACCUAUAGUCUUCUUGGGUAUGGCACUGCAAGCUUGGCACACCUGUUUCUCCCAUUCUGCUCUGCAGAUCCUCUCAAGCUCUGUCAAGUUGGAUGGGGAGCGUCGCUUCAAUGCUAUUUUCAGGUUUCUCCAGAGAUGUACGAUCGGGUUCAAGUCUGGGCUCUGGCUGGGUCACUCAAGGACAUUCAGAGACUCAUCCCGAAGUCACUCCUGCGUUGUCUUGGAUGUGUUCUUAAAGUCGUCGUCCUAAUGGAAGGUGAACCUUUGCUCCAGUCUGAGGUCCUGAGCAGGUUUUCCAUCAAGGAUCUCUCUGUACUUUGCUCCAUUCAUCUUUCCUCGAUCCUGACUAGUCUCUCAGUCCCUGGGCUGAAUAACAUCCCCACAGCAUGCUGCUGACACCACCGUGCGUUACCGUAGGGAUUGUGCCAGGUUUCCUCCAGACGUGACACUUGGCAUUCAGGCCCAAUAGUUCAAACUUGGUUUCAUCAGACAAGAGAAUCUUGUUUCUCAUUUUCAGAGUCCUUUAGGUGCCUUUUGGCAAACUCUAAACAGGCUGUCAUGUGCCUUUUACUGAGGAGUGGCUUCCAUCUUGCCACUCUACCAUAAAGGCCUGAUUGGUGGAGUACUGCAGAUAUGAUUGUCCUUCUGGAAGGUUCUCUAAUUUCCACAGAGUUACUCUGACUGAGUUCCAGAGAUCAUAUCUGGUUCUUGGUCAUCUCCCUGACCAAGGCCCUCCUCCCUCGAUUGCUCAGUUUGGCUGGGCAGCCAGCGCUAGGAAGAGUCUUGGUGGUUUCAAACUUUUCCCAUUUAGGAAUGAUGGUGGCCACUUCUUGGGGACCUUCAAUGCUGCAGACAUUUUUUGGUACCCUUCCCCAGAUCUGGGCCUCGACACAAUCCUGUCUCGGAGCUCUAUGGACAAUUCCUUCAACCUCAUGGCUUGGUUUUUGCUCUGACCUUACAUAGACAGAUGUGUGCCUUUCCAAAUCUUGUCCAAUCAAUUGAAUUUACCACAGGUGGACUCUAAUCAAGUUGUAGAAACAUCUCAAGGAUGACAAUGGAAACAGGAUGCACCUGAGCAAAAUUUUGAGUCUCAUAGCAAAGGGUCUGAAUUCUUACGUAAAUAAGGUAUUUGUUAAAUUUUUUUAUAAAUGUGCAACAAAAUCUAAAUAACUGUUUUUACUUUGUCAUUGUGGGGUACUGUAUACAAGUGAACCACUGGACCACACAGGCCACUAAAAUAUGUUUUUAAAUACUAGGGAUGAGGUAGAACACUGGUGUUACGUUUUCUUUAAGAAUGAUAGUAGCAUAUUUGCCAAACAUUUAGCUUUGCAGAUAAACGCAUGGCAAUUUUUUUCCUGCAUUUCUCUUAUUUCCAAUUAUAUUGACUAAAGUGAUAUACUUAAUAGAAUGGAAAUCAAUCUCUUUUUUUUCUACUGUGUUAUUGACUUGUUAAUUGUUUACUCCAUGUGUAACUCUGUGUUGUCUGUUCACACUGCUAUGCUUUAUCUUGGCCAGGUCGCAGUUGCAAAUGAGAACUUGUUCUCAACUAGCCUACCUGGUUAAGGUGAAAUAAAAAAAUAAAAAAUGACCUGGUGUUGUGUUUACCCUGCA